AUGCUAGAGCCCAUCCUCAAGGAACUUAUCUCUAGCACAACAGUUGUCCUGCCUCUUGAAGACAAAAGAAGAAGAAUGCGAGAUCUAGGGAGCAGCAUCGUUGCCUUGUUGUUGGCCAUCUCCACAGCAUCUAAUGAGGAACAAAACACUUCUUUAAAGGAAAACAAAAGAAAAGAAAACAAAAAUCCAGUUGCCUCUUGGAAAAAUCAACUUUGGGAUAACCAUAACCUGGAUCGCCAAGGAAUCUCCAUAGACAAAGAUCUGCUUAUUUUUCAGCUUACUUGUGUUCUUUCCAUAUGGAUUCCUCUCUACAACAUCUGCAAAUUGCCCCAAAGGUGCUUUUUCAGGAGGCAACUGGACUUUCUUGUUUUUUCCUUUGAAGACGUUUCGCUUCUCAUCCAAGAAGAUUCCUCCGCUCUGAUAGGUGUCCAAUGCCAGGACCAACUGAUUCAGAAGCCUGUGGAAGUCAUCAAAGAAGGAGAGGAUUCCACCAUAGCCUGUCAGUUCAGCUCCAGUAAUGUGCAUUUCAUGCACUGGUACAGGCAAAAUCCAGGAGAAGGACCUGCGUUUCUCCUAACGGUUUCAUUGAUGGGAUUCGAAAAACACGGACACUUCAAUGCCUCUUUUGAGAAGGAGAAGGAGAGUCAAUUCAACAUCACAAAAGUGAAGAUGAAAGAUGCCGUGGUCUAUUUCUGCGGGGCCCAAGAUCCACAGCAACACUAAGACACCUGCUGCCUGUACA